CACACACACACACACACACACACACACACACACACACACACACACACACAGGAAACACCUGUCAUGUGCGAGCUCAGCACCACAGAAACUAUGUGACACAUUCACACAUCACAUCAUGUGCCUGAAGCUGUAGAGUUGAAACAUGUCAGAACAGUUUAGUAGAUCAUUUUUUCAGCUGCAUCCUUUGUUUGUUUCUCUAUUAUUUAUCGGACUCUGAAGCUGCCUCCUUCACCCUCAAGGAGAAAUGUAUCCAGUCGGUUCCAUCAGCUAAACUUCUCAACAGAUCUCCGGCCUAGAUGUUGUUAAUUUAUCACUUACAUGCAGCUUCGCCCUCACUAGCUUUACAAAUGCUGUGGUUAAACCUGAUCCUGGAUCUGUGUUAUGUCCGUUGCCACGUGACACGCAUGACAUGUGUCACAUCACCUUUGACAUGUCUGUGGGUGUCCAUCUUGAAUGACCACGGGUUAGAGCAUGGGUAAUAAAGUGUCAUUAUGUGUGAGGGACUGACACGUGUCAUUAGCCGUGUAACGCAGUAAGGCUGUGUAUGUAUGUGUGUGUGUGUGUGUGUGUGUGUGUGUGUGUGUGGGUGCGUAUGUGGUCAUGUACACAAGUGGAUAGGGCCUUAGGUGUUGCAUUUCACCUAUGUGCGGUAUUUGAUACUGCAGCGUGUGUGUGUGUGUGUGUGUGUGUGUAUGUGUGUGUGUGAUAGCCCCAGGUCCUGUUCCAGAGCAGCGAUCGCCCACAGAGAGACAGUGACAAAGACGACCUGCGACUAACAACCAGUGAAGCGUUCAGAGCCUCUGACAGGAUGUACGAUUUCGAGAACUGUUCCUGUGGUCUGGUCUCGCUCGACCUCUGAAGGGCAGGAUGAAGAUCAGAAGAGAGUGACGCUGGAUUUGGACCCCGGCUCUCUCAGCGAGUGCUUGUCUGAAUAAUUGAUCCCUCAGCUUGUGGCUGGUGGAAAAUGAGGAAGGCCACGCUGAUGGUUUGGAUCAGCCUUUUGGUGCAAGUCUCCCAAGGUGCCCAGGGUCAUUAUGCCCGCAAGCUUCUGAACGACCUGAUGGCGGACUACACCAACGCUCUGAGACCUGUGGAGGACACAGACAGAGCCCUCAACGUGUCGCUGCAGAUCACUCUGUCACAGAUCAAAGAUAUGGAUGAGAAAAACCAGGUUCUAACCACGUACCUGUGGAUCAGGAAGGUCUGGUUCGACGCUUACCUGAAGUGGGACAAGGAGGACUAUGACGACCUGGAGAUGAUCAACAUCCCCAGCGACCUGGUUUGGAAGCCGGACAUCGUCCUCUACAACAAAGCAGAUGAGGAUGCGUCAGAUCCAUCCAGCACUAACGUAAAGCUGCGUUAUAAUGGAGAGAUCAUCUGGGACUCUCCGGCCAUCACAAAGAGCGCAUGUGUGGUGGACGUCUCCUACUUCCCCUUCGACAGUCAGCAGUGUAACCUCACCUUCGGCUCCUGGACCUACAAUGGAAAUCAGGUGGACAUCAGUUUGGGCAUGGACAGUGGAGACCUGUCCGACUUCGUGGAGAACGUGGAGUGGGAGUGUCACGGCAUGCCCGCGGUUAGAAACGUCAUGAUGUACGGCUGCUGCUCGGACCCUUACACCGAAAUCACCUAUACCCUGCUGCUGAAGCGCCGCUCCUCUUUCUACAUCUUCAACCUGCUCCUGCCCUGCUUCCUCAUCUCGUUCCUCGCCCCGCUGGGCUUCUACCUGCCCGCCGACUCCGGGGAGAAGGUGUCCCUCGGGGUCACGGUGCUGCUGGCCCUCACCGUGUUCCAGCUGCUGGUGGCUGAGAGCAUGCCUCCUGCGGAAAGCAUGCCCUACAUAGGAAAAUAUUACAUAGCCACGAUGACCAUGAUCACAGCUUCUACCUCUCUCACCAUCUUCAUCAUGAACAUUCAUUUCUGUGGCGCUGAGGCCAAGCCCGUCCCACACUGGGCCAAAGUGGUCAUCAUCGACUACAUGUCCAAAAUCUUCUUCGUCUACGAGGUGGGGGAGAACUGCACGACACCGCAGAGCGAGAGGACCCCACUGUACCCCGAGGAGCCAUUCAACGACAUUGGCGGCCACCAGGAGGACCGUGUUCAAGAUGACCUCUACCACCACGAUGGUGAGGUGUACAAGUACAGCAAUGGCCACAGCGUGCACCAUAACGGUAAGCAUCACAAACACCGUGCAAACGGCAGUGCCAACAGCAGGAACCAACGUCACUACAACAACCACAACAACCACGCCUCCAGACUUGAGAGGGGUGAGGCGAAGCGAGAGCCCGCUCAGCACUACAACCACAUCAGGCAGGAGGAACUGGACUAUCAAGCCCCUCCACAUCCCACAAACCUCCAGCACCUCAACCGGGUGCUGAAGGAGCAGCUGCUGUAUCCCACAGAGAAGCAUCAGGUUCCAUCCUGUCCCUGCUGCUGCCCCUGCCUCCAACAUAAACAGGUGGUGAAGAACAUCCAGUACAUUGCCAAUUGCUUCCGCGAGCAGAAAGCAACGUGUGUCAAGGCAGCCGAGUGGAAGAAGGUUGCCAAGGUGAUGGAUAGGUUUUUCAUGUGGAUCUUCUUCUUCAUGGUCUUCCUCAUGAGCAUCCUCAUCAUUGCCAAGGCAUCCUGACGUCCUCCUCUUCCUCCUCCUCUGUCCUCCGCCUGGACCUCAGUGUUACUCCAGAGUCAUUUCUUGUGUACAAAGAGAUUGCAUGUGAUACGUCAGUGUUGUGCUGUGUGUGAACCUGUGUGCGUGAUUGUGAAGGUUAAAUGUUUUUAUUUUCACUUUGACACAAAUGGGGGACAAGGUCACUGAGCACAAAUCAUCCAUUCAACCACACACGCACACACAAAGACAAAUUCAUCAAGGCCUCUGUGUUAGUUAAGUUCAGGUCUGCCUGCAUGUGUCACGGAGCAGUGGAGCGG